AUGGCAACUGCCACGGGCUCGCAUGCCAGCUCAGAUCCCUUUGAUCUGGAUAAUCAUGUCCCUCUAGUUUUCGCCGACCGGGCCCGUGCAGCCCAGCUCCAAAACAGCUCCCCGGUCGUAGACCGGCCGAUUGGUGUCUCACCUGCGCCACGGCGAUCGGCCCGGACGCCAUCCUCGCCUUUACUGCGACUCUCCAAUACUGCUGCUACGGAAGGGGCACAGUCUGCAUUCGCGCCGUAUAGGCCCUCGUUAGAACCCAUUCUGGAGCCCGUUUCCAUCGUCGAAGGGGCCAACAGGGUCGCACAAGAGCAAACGGAUGCGUAUAACGCCAAAUUGGCAGUCUUCCAAGCGUUCUGUGAAUCAUUCGACCACGCCGCCAAGCAAUUCACGUCUGGAAUAGAGUAUAGCUUUGCGAACCAAUUCGCCACCAGCUUCCUCGACUUUUGGCGCCAGUCUCUCUCUAUGCUGCCGCUCGCGACCGCGCCGACGUACAGCAGCGUCGCCGCCGGCCGCAGCCCUCUGCAGCCCUCCGGGGGCCACGCCACUCCCUCUUUUGCGGCCCCGCCGCCCGCACCACAACAAACAGCCGACCAACGUCUCCAUGGACGACCAGUCCCCGCCCCACCGAAAGAAGACCUCCGGGUCUUCGUGCGACUAGACGCCGAAGCGCCGGCGAGGAAGUUCGAGUCGUACGCGAUCCGGACCCACAUCGCCGCGAAAGUCGGCAUCGACCUCCACCAAAUCCCGGCAGCGUUCCCCGUGAACUCGGGCUGGGCUCUUCGCACUACAGAUACAACUACCAGAGACCUCAUCGUCCAGUGCCAGGAGGAAUGGGCGCAGGAUCUCGGUGCUAACACUGUUGAGACCAGUCGAAAAUGGUACACCUACGUCGUCGCCAACUGCCCUCGCAGGCUCACCGAUCUGCAAGGCAACGAAGCCGACUACGACGAAGCCGUUCGAGGCGAAAUUACCUGCCAAACUGGCCUUUCACCCGUCAGCAUCCGUCCGAGCCGUCAUGAUUCGAACGACCUCCCAAGAACCGCGUGCGAAAAAUGGGAGAACAGCUAUUCACCCAGCGAGCACGACAGACUGAGCAAAACGAACAAGGGGUCCAACCAGGCCCGCGAUCGCCAAUCGCGCCGCCUUCUGUACCCGAGCAAGUUCAGCCUCAAGAUACAGGCUUGGACGCUUACCACGAACAAGAAAGUGGCGUCGCACCACAGCCAGACGCGUCUCAGCAAGACGACGGGCGGGAACCAGAACGCCGCGAACCCACUCCACAAUCUGAGAGCGUCCACUCUGCCCUCAGCCCGGCCGUGA